UUCAGUAUUGGCGAUGGCUUGCUAACGAUAGCUGUAAGGUUAUGUAGCUAACGUUACACUGUUUCUAAAUGUUAGCUACUUUGAUACCUGACAUUAGCUUACUUGCAGUGCUUUUACUAGCUAGCCAACACGGGGCAUUGCACAUUAAACAAUAUUACAUACAAGUCUAUCGCCAGUAUUAUUGGUGCUGCGUUGAAGCACACUUGUCACUGACUGCAACGCAUAAAGCCACUCGUUUUGGAGAGCACCCACUGCAGCUGAGCAAGCCAAACCCUUCGAUAAUACUUAGACGUUAGGUAACGUUUGUGAUUGCUAGCUUGCAGUUAGCUGGAACCGAAACCGCCCCUUACCUUAAUCUUAGGAACUAAUGUUAGCUAGUAAACUUGGCUUACAAUAUUACCAGGACUUUGCUCUCUGCGUUCUCUGAUACUCUUAUACCACCAGUCACCAUUCAUAUUAUUCAAUCAAGUGUCUGUGAAAAUGAAAAUAAUAAUAGUUUAAAAGAACAGGUUUAACAGUAAAACGAUAGUCUAUAUUGCUUGCCAGUUCACGUUAGUUGACAAGGCUCGUAGUCAACGUUAUCUUAGCACACGGUUUGAAGUUGCCCUGGUAGACCUGUUCCUCGCUAGCGCGCUAAGGAACAUGUUUGCAAACCAGCUCAUCUGCACUGGGAUUUAAAAAUGGUUAAAGCGAUACGUUAUUCCACCAAACCUUUAAUAGGGACCAUUUAAGUAAAAUAUAGAUAUUAUACCAAAUGUUGAAGGGUACAGACGUUUUGUUGUGCGGAAACGUGGUUAAAGCACAAGCUAACAGUAGCCAUGCUAGCUAGCGAUAGUCAUGUUUAGAUAAAUAAGAUGCAGUUGGUGAAUAACAAUAAUUUGUCAUAGCACUGGCAGUUUAGCUUUCUAUGUUUGAUUUGAAUCUCGUAGACGUAACGUGAGGUAACUUCGUUUAUUUUGGGGAAUUCUAACAUUACCUUCUCGCUUUGCACGUUAGUUACACGGUUGGUAUAUUUGUGGUCUGUCAACAUUAUUUGUCUAACGGCUCGUGUCUUAUAGAGGGAGAAACGUUUCUGCACUAAACCCUUGUAAUCCCCUCGAUUCGAAGUGUGUGCAUCCUAAACUCAACUCGUCAGAGCAAAUAAUCAUAGAUAGGGCAUCAACCCAUUUCGGUAAUUGAAGUGAAAAAGCAGAGGUGCUUCUUAAAUCAUCAGUCCCAAGCAGCACCAGAGAGUGAAAUAGAAGCCUGUUUCUCGAAGAGAAUUUACACUGACUGGGUUGACCUUCAAUGUACUGAUCACACUGAUCAAUAGGUUUCAUUCAUCAUUUUGUUCCUUUAGCUGAAUCGGCAUCAAACUAAUUUCGAUUAUAAAACAAAAAUGAACAUAUUUUGAAUAUAUAACCUCAACUGUCAUGUAGUAAGCAGCACAGGCCAAUUGUCACUUUUUUUUAGAGAGAGCUAAUCAGACUCCGAAGCUUUGGUGUCAUGUUGUAGCACUGUUAUGAUGCACUGUCUGAAGGGGCAUUAUUAUUAGUAGCAUUAUUAAAGUUCUUUAGGUGUUGCUAGUCGUUGUGUGUGGCUCCAGGGUUUCUCCCCCUCUCUCUGUUAGUGACAUUUGGCAUGAAGGUGCUUUACCAAUGAUGCCCUUUCAGUGAGGCUUGAGUGAGGUGUUCUCAAUACUUGGUAGAACUCACAGUUCAGUGUUUUGCAGAAAUGGAAAUACCGUCAGCCUAUCCCAUGCAACUAGUAACUUACUGUAGCCUAAAUAAGAUGUCAAGUAUUUACAGAAUUUUUUGUGUGUACCCCAAUUUGUUUGUAGAAUGUGGGAAUGGCCGAUAAUACACUAAAGUGGUUCUUUAUAAACUUCCAUAGGCUCUCUAUUCCUUAGGCAGAUUUUCCACUCAGCUGUCAGCUGUGUCAGUAAUGUGUAGGAAAUAGACCCCAUUGGCUCCCCUUCUGAUGGGGUACCAUUUGAAUUGUCAGGUCAUUUCCACUUUCAGAGGCUGGGAAAGGGAAGCAGGUUUACCAUGUCUGUAAUCAGAGAAGAGCCUUCAUGACCCCCAUCUGGACAUUACUGUUUGGUUUGCGCCAUUUCAACAAUAACUGCCUAGCAAACACGACAGGACAUUGUUUUGACUGGCUGUGAAGGGAGGACGAUAGCUUUGAGUAUUUGAUGAAGGAACAAAGAAGAGAAGCUCACAAAUGAUAUUGCUCUGUGCAAAGAACCUUGCGAAGAAAGACUUCUUCCGACUCCCAGACCCUUUUGCCAAGGUGGUGGUGGAUGGAUCGGGACAGUGCCACUCCACAGACACCGUCAGGAACACACUCGACCCCAAGUGGAACCAGCACUAUGACCUAUACAUCGGGAAGUCCGACUCCAUCACCAUCAGUGUGUGGAAUCACAAGAAGAUCCAUAAGAAGCAAGGUGCAGGCUUUCUGGGCUGCGUGCGUCUGCUGUCCAACUCCAUCAACCGCCUCAAAGACACUGGCUAUCAGAGGUUGGACCUCAACAAGCUGAGUCCCAAUGACAGCGACAGCGUCAGGGGACAAAUAGUCUUGAGUCUGCAGUCCAGAGACCGGAUAGGCACCGGAGGCCCUGUGGUCGACUGCAGCCGCUUGUUCGACAACGACCUUCCUGAUGGAUGGGAGGAGAGAAGGACAGCAUCGGGACGAAUCCAGUACCUGAAUCAUAUCACACGUAGCACACAAUGGGAGAGGCCCACCAGGCCAGCGUCCGAGUACUCCAGCCCCGGCCGGCCACUCAGCUGCCUGGUGGACGAGAACACGCCCAUCAUGACACCAAACGGUGGUGCGGGGGUGCAGGGCGGGGACCCACGGGUGCAGGAGCGGCGCGUCCGAUCCCAGAGGCACCGCAACUACAUGAGCCGUACCCAUCUGCACACGCCGCCCGACCUGCCCGAGGGCUACGAGCAGCGCACUACUCAGCAGGGCCAGGUCUACUUCCUGCACACGCAGACUGGCGUCAGCACCUGGCACGACCCACGUGUGCCCAGGGACCUGAGUAAUGUCAACUGUGAGGAGUUGGGUCCCCUGCCCCCAGGCUGGGAGAUCCGGAACACAGCCACCGGACGGGUCUACUUCGUGGAUCACAACAACCGCACAACGCAGUUCACAGAUCCUCGUCUUUCCGCCAAUCUCCACCUUGUGCUCAAUCCAAGUGCUAAUGGUUCCCGUGCCACCCCUGAAGGUCCGAACAGCCGUGCGGCCCAGUUGAAGGAGCCGUCGCAGUCCCACUCCCAGUCCCAGUCCCAGUCCCAGUCGCAGUCCCAGCAGGUGCCGGUGUGCGCGGGGCAGCUGCCUGAGGACGCAGAGAGCCUGACGGUGCCGCGCUACAAGCGGGACCUGGUGCAGAAGCUGAAGGUGCUGAGGCAGGAGCUGUCCCAGCAGCAGCCCCAGGCAGGACAUUGCCGCAUCGAAGUGUCGCGCGAGGAGAUCUUUGAGGAGUCCUACCGUCAGGUGAUGAAGAUGAGGCCCAAGGACCUCUGGAAGAGACUGAUGGUGAAGUUCCGGGGAGAGGAAGGAUUGGACUACGGGGGAGUUGCCAGGGAGUGGCUGUAUUUGCUGUCCCAUGAGAUGCUGAAUCCGUACUACGGCCUGUUCCAGUACUCACGGGAUGACAUCUACACCCUGCAGAUUAACCCUGACUCAGCCGUCAACCCUGAGCACCUGUCCUACUUCCACUUUGUGGGCCGGAUCAUGGGCAUGGCAGUGUUCCACGGCCACUACAUCGACGGCGGCUUCACCCUGCCCUUCUACAAGCAGCUGCUGGGCAAGCCCAUCACCCUGGACGACAUGGAGUCCGUGGACCCAGACCUGCACAACAGUCUGGUCUGGAUCCUGGAUAAUGAUAUCACUGGGGUGCUGGACCACACCUUCUGUGUUGAGCACAACGCAUAUGGCGAGAUCAUUCAACACGAGCUCAAGCCUAAUGGCAAGAACAUCCCCGUCAGCCAAGAUAGCAAGAAGGAAUAUGUCAGGCUCUAUGUGAACUGGCGUUUCUUGCGAGGCAUUGAAGCUCAGUUCCUGGCUCUCCAGAAGGGCUUCAACGAGGUCAUUCCUCAGCACCUGCUCAAGGCCUUCGACGAGAAAGAGCUGGAGCUCAUUGUCUGUGGUCUGGGUAAGAUAGACAUCCACGACUGGAAGUCCAACACGCGUUUGAAGCACUGCACGGCCGACAGCAACAUAGUCAAGUGGUUCUGGAGGACCGUGGAGUCCUAUGAUGAGGAGCGGCGUGCGCGGCUGCUGCAGUUCGUCACCGGCUCCUCUAGAGUCCCCCUGCAGGGCUUCAAGGCCCUCCAAGGGGCUGCUGGGCCAAGACUGUUCACCAUUCAUCAAAUUGAUGCCAGCUCAAAUAACCUGCCCAAAGCUCACACCUGCUUUAACCGGAUUGACAUCCCUCCUUACGAAAGCUAUGACAAGCUUUGCGACAAGCUUCUCACCGCCAUCGAAGAAACCUGCGGCUUUGCUGUGGAGUGAUUGGCUGAGUGAGCAGCGAGCAUGCGGCGGUCACGUGCCAUCUAGAGUGAUGGGGCUUUGGGAUGUGCACACCUGCUUGCCAGACCCCCACAAUGGGGCGUGCACGCUCCAGACAAACCACCACAGGUCCUGGAGGCAGGCCAAAAGGGCGCAUCUAACGAGAACGUCACGGAACCUGGCAGAACCCUCUACACAUCGUCCUCCCAGGGGAUCCUGCAUCCUUUUCUCUUCUUCUUUUUGAUUUUGUAAUACAUAAAAACAGCAUCCGUUUCUAGCUGCUAGUAACUAUUGUCUCUUCGUAAUGGCGCUCUCAGGCUCUUCCUGUGUGUUUUUGUUUUGUAAGUAAUUUGUUUUUCUACCAUUGAAAUGAAAUGUGGACAGUUUUCCAUGAGGCGUGUUGGCACAGAGCCCCCACACAGAGCCCCAGAGCUCCUCUGCUGCUCCCGCACUGUUGCAUAAGCUAAACCCCUACAGUACUACUACUCCACCAUCCGCUCCCACAAUCAGGGCCACACCCGGAGCCCUGUGGACCUGAUGGUCAGUUGGCAUAGCUCCCCCUGCUGGUGAGGACAGGUGAAGUCUCAUGUCUCAGGACACUUUCUGAGGCCAGAGGUGAAGACAUGGAGGACGACCAGUGGACAGAGUUCACCUGGCUGUCGCCCUAAGACGGAUUCUUCUCAUCUUUUUGUCCUACCCUCUCUCUUUCACUCUUAAUAUUUCCUUCCUCCUCCAUUCUCAUUGCUGUCUCCUUCUCUCUCCUCUGUGAAGUACCUGUGCUCCACAUGCCUAGAGACACAUUUAUUAACACGGAUGACGAGAUAUAAGCUCCUUUAAAGAAUGAACGUAUGGCUGAGAGAGUAAAUGAAUGACUGUACAUAGUUAUUUUUAUAUGAUGGGUUGGAAAGGGGAUAUGGGAAUAAUUAUAGAUGUUUAAAUUAUUACUAUUAUCUCCCGAAACCUUUUGUUAUUUUGUAGAAAGAAAUACAAAAGUAAUGCUCAAGUAGUGUAACACUUUCAAUGAAUGAAUAUAGUUAAUCUGUGGAAACCAAUUUUAAAGUUUUGUGCAAGCAUGGAGCCCCUCCAGAAACUCUUGGGAUGAGUUAAGAAACUGGAUAGAAAAAAAUAACAGAAUGUUAAAAAUAAUGAAUAACAAAUCAAUAAUUGCAUUUUCUACAGUGCCAUAGUGGGUUUGGAAUUGCCCUAGACAGGGACAAGCCCAUCAGCCUGUAGAGAUGUUGUAUACAUACAUACGCAUAGAGAGUGGUCUGUGAUGGUUUUGUGUGGGACUGAAGGUCUUCUGGUAUUGGAAUCCCUGUGUGGCAUCUCAGUGGACAGAGCCAUGGCGCUAGCUCCUAAAUCCCUGAUGCUCUUUGCCUAAGUGGAAAAAAGUCCUGCCGCUCAUAUCACUGGCUCUGUGCCUAGAAAUGGCAUCCCCCAAUGGCCAUUGUUGUGUAUUUGUGUAAGGAAGGCCUCCUGCAUACAUACAGCAUGUGUGUGGCAUGUGCCACAUGACUGUGUUCUUGCUGUAGCUCAUGUGCUUCUGCCCAUCUGCACAGACUGCAUACACUUCACCAACAGUGCAUUUGCCCUAUACAUGGCACAGGGAAAAUAGGAUCAGAUUUUAAAAUGAAGGGCCUAAAAAAGCAGGAUACUGUGCAUGUCACACACGGCACAGUAAAAGCCACUGAAGAGUUGUAAUUGAGCCUCAUUUGGAACUCAAUUGGGAGGUUACUGUUUGGCAAUGUCCAAUGUUAGGAAAGAACAGUGUUUCACAUCCCACACAUCAGUCAUAUCCUUAAGUGUAUUUCUUCCAACCCUUGAAGAGAAGACGGAGACACCAAGCUUCCAUUGAUGGCAGAUCACGAUUUUCACAUGGUUCACAUAAAACGUUUUGUUUUUCCUGUGAAUUUUUGAUGACAUUAAAACUGAUCAUGCAGACAUCACUGAAGCUCUGGUCUGUAUUUUAAAUUUGACAGACGUAACUACACCCAUCUCCAUCAGAAUAAAAUAAGAUUCUUGUAUUUAUUUUCUCUCAUAAGCUCAUGUACAUACAUGGUUGAAUGUUGUGAAAUUGCUGCCUGUCUAGCAAUUAGUUAAUCACAGACUCUUCUGAAGGUUUGUAUACACUCAACAAAUUAUGCAUCUUGGCCUUUUUUUUUAGAAGACUAAUUAAGUUGAAACUGUUUUGAUGCCUCUGGAAUUAUAAAUGUGGAAGUGUUCUGAGAUGGUGCUCUGUACAGUUAUAGGAGAUUUUGUUCAUAUGUGGAUCACAGAAUCUGUAAUUUAUCUUUACUUAACUUAAAUGGAAAGAUAUACAAAAAAACA